GAGGAUAACACCUUCAAAGAGCGACCCUCUGAAUCGGACGAGCUACAGACCAUCCAGGAACACAGCGGAGCUUCAGAGUGCGGCUCAGACUACCCCGAACAGGACUUAGACUAGGCUAGCUUUUUUUUGUUCCCUCCCUCCUUCUGUUUUUUCUCUCUUCUCCCGCCUCUAUUUUUUCAGUCUCUCAUUUAAGAGAGCAACACAAACCCUACUUUUUGACACAUACCGACCACUACUACAAACAUAACAUGGCAUCCGCAAGCCAGAAGAAGAAGGCCCCCGGACUCAUGGAUCAGAUCGGAACCUUCUUCGGAGGGGACAAGAAGAGGAAGAGCAAGGGAUCUUUCCGAGGAGCCCUCUCUCCAGCCCCUCAGAAAGCCGCCGCCGCCCCACGUAAGCGCGGACCAGAGAACGCUGUGGUCAGCUUCUUCCGCACGAUCGUGUCCCCUGCCCCUCCCAAGUCUAGGUGGAGAGGACUAGUUGCCAAGAUGGGCCUGGGCGACCAGAAGUCACAGUCUGCUAAAGCCAAGAAGGCCAGUGCAGGGGACGGCAAAGGCACCCUGACUAGGAUCUUCAAAAUGUGAUGAUAUCAGCAGCAGAGGAAGCAGGAGUGCUUCUCCAGUGAAACGCUGAAGCCCCCCUCUAGGACCCCUUCCAACAGCAGCAGGGCACGUUCAAGAUCACGGCACUAAAGAGGGGGAAAAGAGGAAGAAAAGGAGGAAAUCUUGUCACACCGUAAACUCACCUUCCCCUCCACCUCUGAUAACACUCUAACAUUCGCUAACCCCCUCAUCUCAUGUCCCCCUUCCCAUCUUGGCUGGUAGAUAGCGACACAAUCUGUUGCCCAUCCCCC